UUCUUAAUAAAUUUAUUGCUCGGUGCCCAUUAAUUUAAAAUGACUGCUCUGAGGCCUUUCCAAUGUGAUGAUCUUUUUCGCUACAAUAACGUUAAUCUCGACCCUCUCACAGAGACAUACAACAUGGGGUUCUAUCUAGCAUACUUAUCAAAAUGGCCUGAGUACUUUACGGUUGCAGAGUCACCCACUGGUCGAAUUAUGGGGUACAUUAUGGGCAAAUCCGAAGCAAGACAGAACGACCCUAGAGAUUGGCAUGGUCACGUGACUGCUAUAUCAGUAGCCGAAGAGUAUAGGAGGAUCGGACUAGCUGCCACAUUGAUGAAUUCCUUAGAGUCGAUAUCAGAACGCAAGCAUUGCUAUUUCGUUGACUUGUUUGUGCGGGUGUCAAACAAGGUAGCCAUUUUGAUGUAUCAGAAUCUUGGGUACAAGAUAUUCCGUCGUAUUGAGAACUAUUAUUCUGGUGCUGAUGAUGACGAGGAUGCCCUGGAUAUGAGAAAGGCUCUCAGCCGGGACAAGGAAAAGAUUUCCGAAAGGCCCUGUAAAGACCCGAAUUUUCCAUUAGAAGCAUAAUUUUUUUGGUCACUUUAUUAUCAAUGCUCUGUUUCAGACUUAG